AUGCCGAGGUCCGGGUUAAGCCACCCUCCGCGUCUAUCUGGUCCAGGCACCUUUUGCUCGCGCGUACAUUCCUGUCAAUCCAACCGAUCACACUCCUUCAAUAACAUCGUCAUGAAGUCUGCGAGUCAUUUCGCUGUGUUUCUAUCUUUGGUAACACUCCUUCCUUAUGUGGCGGCGGACUCGUCGAUGUACAUUCCAGGCUUCGACGCGCAGCCCGUCACUGCACAGGAAAUCGGUGUCGGAUCCGACGGCCUCACCACUUGGUUGAUUGCGCCUGGUGUCCCGAGCGGAACCAUUCCCACAGAUUUAGGGUUCAAUGGACCUGCUACACUCGCCGUGGGCCCUUCGAACGCAAAUAUCGUGUACGUUGAUCCAACCAUGGGCCUGUCUAUCCAGGAGAACUGCGCGGUCGCGGAUGGAGUCGCCGUCUGCGACGCCAUCAUCGUCGACUCGGAGACCACGCUUUCGACCGUGAUCACCGAGCAGGCAAGCGGCUUCGCCGUACAAGCCGCCGCAACCGCGACUCCAGCUCCGUCGUCCGGCCAAUCCUCCCCUGUUCUUACCGGCACCGCAGGUGCGGGCUCGUCGCAGCCUGGCGCGACGUCAGUGCCUUCAAGAAUGACGUCUGUGCCUUCGGGCUCUACCCCCUCCGCUUCCGCGAUCGGCAGUUCUUCAAGCUCUCCCAGUCACACUGCCAACGGCGACGUGCGUCUGCAGUCGUUCCCUCUGGUUGCCUUGGCCGCGGCAGGCCUCGCCGCCGCAUUCCUUGCUUGA